AUCUCAUUCUCAUCGCUUUCAAAACAGGUUUGAACUGUGUUUCCUAUAUUGAUCCAAAGGCAAAGUUGAAAAUCAAUGGGGAGGUCUCCAUGUUGCGAGAAGGUGGGGUUGAAGAAAGGGCCAUGGACCCCUGAAGAAGAUCAAAAGCUGUUGGCUUACAUUGAACAACAUGGCCAUGGAAGCUGGCGUGCCUUGCCUCUGAGAGCUGGACUUGAAAGAUGUGGAAAGAGUUGCAGACUUAGGUGGAUUAACUACUUGAGACCUGAUAUCAAAAGAGGAAAGUUUAGUUUACAGGAAGAACAAACUAUCAUUCAACUCCAUGCCCUUCUUGGAAACAGGUGGUCUGCCAUAGCUACUCAUUUGCCCAAGAGAACAGACAACGAGAUCAAGAACUACUGGAACACACAUUUGAAGAAAAGAUUGAGCAAGAUGGGGAUCGACCCCGUCACUCACAAGCCUAAAACCGACGCCGCCGCCGCUAACCCUAAAGAUGCUGCUAACCUCAGCCACAUGGCUCAAUGGGAGAGUGCUCGCUUAGAAGCUGAAGCUAGAUUGGUCCGAGACUCCAAACUAGUCGUCAUCCCCAACCCCCCUCCCCAAAACCGCCUCGCUGCACCCUCUUCCUCUGCUCCGAGUCCAACAACGAGACCGCAGUGCCUUGACGUACUCAAAGCAUGGCAAGGCGUUGUCUCGGGGUUGUUCACUUUUAACGUCGACAGCCUGCAGUCUCCCAAGUCGACGUUGAACUUCAUGGAGAACACAACGCUGCCAAUACCGUCAUCGUCUGUUGGAAUGUUGAAUGACAACUUUGGUUGGAUACCUUGUGAAAGUGGGGAUAUUCUAAUAGUCGACAAUGAGAGUAAUGAAAGUGAGUGGAAAUGUUUGGAGAAAGCGAACCAAAUGCCGGAGGUAAAGGAAAGGUUGGAUAAUUCAAUGGAAUUGCAAGAAAUGGACUGCUCCUCAGAGGGUGCAUGGUUUCAAGAAUUAUUCGGAUUAAAUGGUUUGUAACUUGGAGCAGAUUCAUUUAUCUAUCUGCAAAAUGAUUCAUCAAUGGAGAUCACUGAACUGGAGAUGAAUUAAAUCAUAGCUAUGCUUCAACAUCUGUUGCUGUGCCUUGAGAGUAAUAUAUG